AUGGCAGCCCAGCGCCAGUUGGCCCCAUUUCAGGAGAGGGCCCUCCGCGACGCGAUUGCAAUGGACGAGCUUAAUCUAGAAUGUUUGAGGGGCAAGGGAAGGAAGAAGAGCAAGCCGCAGCUAGGGAUCGAGAAGGCGAAGAAGCUGGUGCAGACGAAGCAGAAGCUGAUCGAGAAUGCAACGGACCUGCACAGCCGCAGAGUAGCCCAACUUGACUACACGAAGGCGCUGAAAGACCAAAGCUUCUAUCAAGCAGAGCUUGACCGCGCCCCGGAGGAUAUCGCCAAGCUGGAGAAGGAACUCGCCAGAAGGAGAAGCAGACUCGAGGAGAAUGAGAAACUCAAGGCCAAGAACGAGAAACGCGAGGCUGCAAAAAUUAACAAGGCUGGUUGUGCAGAGAAGAAGGGCCCCUUAGCGACAUCCAGACAGCAAACAGCCAACACAGUCUGGAAGCCAGCGACUGCAGAAGGCAUGGCCUGGAACAAGCGCAAGGCGCCGCCGAAGGUGACCAAGACUACCCGCAAAGUCGCGUCUCACCCCUAUACAUCUCGAACGCGUGAUCUCGUCAAGGAUACGACCUCUUCGAACAAGGCAAGAGCGCACGGUGCCCCGGGAUCUAUGGGCGUUGACGGAGAUACCGGUGCGAAGACACAUAGAUCCGCUGGCAAGGUCGACGUGAAGACACCAAGCAGCGGCCGUACGAAGCGGAAAAUGACCGAUGCGGAGAGCGACAGCGAAGAGCAAGCGCCAUUGAAGCGGGUGCGCCGAGCUCCAGAGACCUCUUCUCGUCCCAAGCGCAAAUUCUCUAUCGAAGACGACGACACUGCCGCGGCGAGCGACGACAAGCAGCGGAAGAAGACGCGGAGAGAAUCAAGCACUGCGCCAUCAGCAGUAUCGGCUACCGCCGGGGACAACACCGAGGCAGAGGACUCGGAUGGCUUGAGGGUGGGCGGAUCUUCUGGCAAUGCUAAUUCUGAGAAGGCAGACACAGAGCAGCACCCAGCACGAAAGACUUCACGCGCUUCACGCACUGGAUCAGAGACAGCGCCGUUCAGCAAUGGUGAUAACACAAGCGAAGAGGAGUAUCGCGAGCUGAAGUCGACAUCUCCUUCCGCCGAUAGUAGUUCCAUCCGCACUAGGGCCACCACUCCAGAAGAUCCUGCGUGCGUCCAAAAUGACAUUUUCGAUGACUCGCAAGUUGUUUCAAACAGCUCAGAAUAUACCCAGGGCGCUGCACAGAAGAAGCGCAAGCUUGAGGAUGGUCCUGAGAGUCCAUGA